AUGCCCAGGAUACCUAAUGGCGAUGCACUCGCAGAACAAGAUAGUUCAAUAAAAAGAGCUUCUUCAACUUCAUCACAUUAUGAUAAUAUUAAUGCAAAUUUACAUGCAAGAGUCAAAGCAUUUCAAGAACAAAGAGCUUUGAAACGUUCUGCAAGUGUUGGCAGUACUUCAAGUGGGAAAUCAACUAAUACUACUAAUUCAAAUAAUAGUAAUAAUGAAUCAACUAAUACGAAUGAUAAUAAAUCAAAUGAAAAAAUUUUAUCUUCUUCAAAUCAUAAAUCGAGAUCACAUUUAAAGACUCAAUCAGCUACAUUAGAAACUUUAACAACUACAAAUACUUCAAUUAAUUCUAAUAUUGGUAAAAAUGCAACGAUAUCAGAUCAACCAUCAUCAUCAUCAUCAACAACAAUAGCAGCAGCAGCUUCAGUAUCGAGUAAUACAUCACAAAAUAAACAUGUAAGUAUAGUGAAUAAACCUUUACCACCACUGCCGCCUAUUCAAAAUAAUAAUAGAAAUAACAAUAGUAACAAUAAUGAUAAUAGUAGUGCAAAUACAAGUGUCAGUAGUAAAAAUAAUAAUAAUAAUGAUAAUAAUAAUAAUAAUAGUAAUAAUAAUAAUAAUAAUAAUAAUAAUAGCAUAACAAAAGAUUUAAACAAUUUAACAAUCGGAGAAAAUAAAACAAUUCCAAAACCUAUAAAUAAAGUAACAAUUAAUACAAAUCUUUCAAGAACACCUAAUACUUCGCCAAUGAUGAAUAAUUUAGGGCCAAAUCAAUUUAACCCAAAUAGAAGAGCACCACGUAGACCAGUAGUAAUUACAGGAAGUAAUAGCAUAAGUAAUAGCUCAAAUAAUACUGCAGCACAAAAUAGGCAACCUAAAUUAAGUCUUAGUGCAAGAAGAGGUUUGAAAUUACCACCAGGUGGUAUGUCCCUUAAGAAUCUUACAAAAUCUUCUUCAUCAUCAUCAUCAUCAUCUAAUUCAAAUGCUUUACAAGAAUUUGAAGGAAGUCCAACUAAUGAAACUGCGGCAAGACGUCCAAAUCAUGGUUCUUUGAUUAAUGGUAUACAAAGAACCUCAAUCUCUUCAAACGAUAAAACAAGAGGUAGUAAUAAUAAUAGUAAUACAGUUACUGCUGAUGGAAGUGGUUCAAGUUCUAGUGGUGGAAGUGGUUCAGGUAGUGGUGGUCUAUUCUCAAUUUUUUCAAAAUAUGUAGAUAUUAAAUCGGGAUCAUUAAAUUUUGCAGGGAAAUUAUCUUUAUCAUCAACGGGGAUAGAUUUUAGUAAUGGUUCAAGUUCAAGGAUUACUCUUGAUGAAUUAGAAUUUAUUGAAGAAUUAGGUCAUGGUAAUUAUGGGAAUGUAUCAAAAGUAUUGCAUAAACCAACUAAUGUUAUAAUGGCAAUGAAAGAAGUGAAAUUAGAACUAGAUGAAGCUAAAUUUAAACAAAUAUUAAUGGAAUUAGAAAUUCUCCAUAAAUGUCAAUCACCAUACAUCGUGGAUUUUUAUGGUGCAUUUUUUAUUGAAGGUGCCGUUUAUAUGUGUAUGGAAUAUAUGGAUGGUGGUUCGUUAGAUAAAAUAUAUGAUCCAAACCCUGAAAUUGGUGGGAUAGAUGAACCUCAAUUAGCUUAUAUUUCAAAUGCUGUCAUUAGAGGUCUUAAAGUAUUAAAGGAUGUUCAUAAUAUUAUUCACAGAGAUGUUAAACCAACAAAUAUUUUAUGUAGUGCCAAACAAGGUACAAUUAAACUUUGUGAUUUUGGUGUUUCAGGCAACCUUGUUGCAUCCAUGGCAAAGACUAACAUUGGUUGUCAAUCAUAUAUGGCUCCAGAACGUAUAAAAUCAUUAAAUCCUGAUAUUGCUACAUAUACUGUCCAAUCAGACAUUUGGUCCCUAGGUCUAAGUAUUCUAGAGAUGGCUCUUGGAAGAUACCCAUACCCACCAGAGACAUUCGAUAAUAUAUUUUCUCAAUUAAGUGCUAUUGUUGAUGGGCCAGCCCCUAAAUUACCUUCGGACAGGUUUAGUUCUGAAGCUCAAGAUUUUGUAUCGUUAUGUUUACAGAAGAUACCUGAGAGAAGACCAAAUUAUGCCUCAUUGAUAGAACAUCCAUGGUUGGUCAAGUAUAGGGAUGUUGAUGUUGGAAUGAGUGAAUAUAUUACUACAAGACUACAAAAACGUAAAGCCAUCCUUGCUGAAAGAGGUGAAAAUGGGUUACCAAAAGUCGUACCAGCACUACAUAUGGGUGGGUUACCUUAA